AUGGCGUGGGGGGCGUGGGGGGACUCGGAGCGGCGGCGCGGCGGCAGUGCCGAGCACGGACAGACCCCGGGCGGCUGUGGGGAAUCCCGAGCCCGCCGCCGGCGCUCAGAGCCGCGGGGCCGAACGAGCGCGCGGAGUGGGGCGGGGUCGAGGCGGCGGCACACGGCGCCCCCUUGCGGCGCGGAUCCGCGGCUUCCCCGGCGCUUCGCGGGGCGAGGAGAGCGCGUGAGGGAGGAGCGGCUGUGGGCGCCGUCCCGUCACUGGUAUCGCGCCCCGGCUCCUCACCCGCAGGCACCGUCCCGUCACUGGUAUCGCGCCCCGGCUCCUCACCCGCAGGCACUGUCCCGGCACCGGCACCGCGCCCCGGCUCCUCACCCGCAGGCACCGUCCCGGCACCGGCACCGCGCCCCGGCUCCUGACCCGCAGGCACCGUCCCGUCACUGGCAUCGCGCCUCGGCUCCUCAGCAGCCCCGGAGAGCCGUGCGGAGCCUUGGCUUUUCCCGUCAUUGGGAAGAGACAAUGGAAGAAAAUAUGUCAGGAAAUUGUGAAUAA